AUGGCGCAAAAAAUAUGCCGUCGCUUAUUUUUACGAAAAUUAACAUGCCUGACAUGCGCUUCCGGAGAACGGUGUCUACACUACUCGUUGCCCAACAGUUAUGUGGAAUUUUCUAACCCAUUGCAUAUUUUUGAAAGUCUUGAACUGGAAUCGGAAACUGAAACGCCGCCGGUUGAAGUAAACGAGGAAAACUUAGAUCGGCGGGAAGAAACAGAUGAGAGAGAUAGCGAAGAACAGGAGGAGGAAGAACUGGCUAGUGAGACUGAAGAACAGGAGGAUAAUGAAAUGGACAGUGAGAGUGAAGAACUUGAGAGUGAAGAACAGGAGAAGGAUGAACUUUAUAGUGAGACUAAAGAACAGAAGGAUAAUGAACUGGAUAGCGAGACUGAAGAACUGGAGGAUAGGGAACGCGAUAGUGAGACCGAAGAACAAGAGAAUUGGCCUGACUAUGUUAAGUAUGCCUGCUCCUGUGGUCAGCUAAAACCUAUUACGAACUUAUAUUUUUGUCGACACUGCUUACAAAUACGAUGCGCCUUCUGCAUCUGUCAUGAGGUAGACUCACACUACUGUGCCAACUGCCUGGAGAACAUGCCAUCGUCAGAAGCUAGGCUCAAAAAGAACCGUUGCAGCAGUUGUUUUGACUGUCCUAGUUGUUUUCAUACACUUUCAACAAGAGCAACACUGGCUCAACCUCGUCAGCCUACAGAACAAGGCUCUGGGGAUACGAAGGUAGAAAAUAAACAACCCAAAAAAAUGUAUUACUUGUCUUGCUUUAAUUGUCGAUGGACUUCAAGGGAUGUUGGUAUACCUGAUCAACCAGUAGCAUCUGGUGGUUGGCCGGAGAGGGCUAAUCCAUACGCGACUCGUGUCAAUCAGCUUCUAGAUUACUAUAAGGCUAUAGCACAGCAAGAGAAGCAAGAAAAGUUGGAUAGAGAGCGAAAGAAGUUUGCAAUUAGAGGAAAAUACAUUACAUUGACUGACAAAACCGGUUUGACAGGAGCGAUGGCGAGGAACAUCGCUGGUUUACCUUCCAGUGAGAGCUCUUCUUCAGCCAUCGCCAACUUUACACCAAGUCAAGCCUCUGCCGAAGUUGAAGAAUUACCAGAGGAGUUUUACACCAAGGAGCUGAAUUUAAAUCAAAUCACAAGUAUGCCACAGCGACUAGCUUCCCCCGAGUGGCAACCGACACACGUAUCACGUCUGCACCCUAUUGCAAAACUUCUAAGUGUGAAGCGCAGCCAGCGAUGCCGAGUCUGUGACCAUAAUCUCACCAAACCCGAAUACAACCCUGGCUCUAUCAAGUUCAAAAUCGAGCUGCUUGCUUUCUACCAUGUUCCAGAAGUUAAGAUAAUUUCUUACGAACCGAUCAAGCCGGGCUGUACAUCAGCGUUGUUUUUGAAGCUGACCAAUCCAACAGGUCAUGAAAUGCAAAUACGUUUAAUGCAGCCGGAAGAUAUACCAGAGCCUGAAGAGAGGGUAGAAGAACCAAAAAGCAUCGAGAAAUCUCUGGAAAAAUCAUUAAAUUUAGAAAAGGACACGACCUGGUACGAGACUUUAAAACGGAAGCCCAAUUUAAUGAGCGAUUGUCGCAUCACGAUACCGGACGUGACGCUGACGUUGGCUCAGCGCGACGAUGCAGCCGAAUACGACGACGAUGCCACACACGAUGCCAACGAUAUAAUCCUGUGGCGCAAGUCGAACAAGCUGGCGCUGCGGCUGCAGGUAGUGACGAGCGAGGGUGCUCGGGCGGGCAGCAUGGCGGGCGCGGCGCUGGCGCUGCAGUAUCGGUACCGCAACGCCGUGCCGCCCGCCGCGCCGCCGCGCGACCACACACUGCACGCCGCGCUGCGCCUGCAGCUCGGCGCCGUGUGCGGCUAG